CAAAAACAAUAAACAUUUUCUAAAAAUACAUACAAACAAAAAGGUGCGUAUCAAACAUAUUAGGAAGGUUGCACAUGGGAAGUCGGGGAAUAGAAAUGGGGGGUGGGAGUUAAAAUAAAUGAGAGAGGGACUUUAUAUGGAUCAGUGAUAAUAACUCAAUCCUCUAUUUGACAAAGAAGAAGGAGAAGGAAGAGGAAGAAAAAGAAAGUGGGAUAAAGGAUCAGAAAGGGAGGAAAAUAGAAAAAAUUAGAGUAUGACUCAGGGUAGACCUGUUUUGUUGUCACUGAGUUGGUUAGUUGGUUUGUCUGUUGUAUUUUUCAUGUUUCGCCAAGUUGGCCAGACUGGUCUCGAACUCCUAGCCCGAAGUGAUCAACCCGCCUCGCCCCCCAGAGUGCCGGGACCACAGGCGUGAGCCACCACGUCCAGCCCCCACAUUGCUUCUGGCCUCCGUGGUAGACCUCCCAGACGGAGCGGCCGGGCAUAGGCACUCCUCACUUCUUCCCAGACACGGGGCGGCUGGGCAGAGGCGCUCCUCACUUCCCAGACGGGGCGGCCAGGCAGAGACGCUCCUCACUUCUUCCCAGACGAUAGGUGGCCGGGCAGAGGCGCUCCUCACUUCCCAGACGAUGGGUGGCCGGGCAGAGGCGCUCCUCACUUCCCAGACCGGGCGGCUGGGCAGAGGCGCUCCUCACUUCCCAGACGAUGGGUGGCCGGGCAGAGGCGCUCCUCACUUCCCAGACGAUGGGUGGCCAGGCAGAGGCUCUCCUCACUUCCCAGAUGGGGUGGCCGGGCAGAGGCGCUCCUCACUUCCCAGACGGGGCGGCCGGGCAGAGGCGCUCCUCACUUCUUCCCGGACGGGGUGGCCGGGCAGAGGCCCUCCUCACUUCUUCCCAGACAGGGUGGCCGGGCAGAGGCGCUCCUCACUUCCUCCCAGAUGGGGCAGCCGGGCAGAGGCGCUCCUCACCUCCCAGACGGGGCGACCGGGCAGAGGUGCUCCUCACCUCCCAGACGAUAGGUGGCCGGGCAGAGGCGCUCCUCACCUCCCAGACGGGGCGUCCGGGCAGAGGCGCUCCUCACUUCCCAGACGGGGUGGCCGGGCAGAGGCACUCCUCACUUCCCAGACGAUGGGUGGUCGGGCAGAGGCGCUCCUCACUUCCCAGACGGUGGGUGGUCGGGCAGAGGCGCUCCUCACUUCCCAGACGGUGGGUGGCCGGGCAGAGGCGCUCCUCACUUCCCAGACGGGGCGGCCGGGCAGAGGCGCUCCUCACUUCCCAGACGAUAGGUGGCCGGGCAGAGGCGCUCCUCACCUCCCAGACGAUGGGUGGCCGGGCAGAGGCGCUCCUCACCUCCCAGACGAUGGGUGGCCGGGCAGAGGCGCUCCUCACCUCCCAGACGGGGCGGCCGGGCAGAGGCGCUCCUCACUUCUUCCCGGACGGGGUGGCCGGGCAGAGGCCCUCCUCACUUCUUCCCAGACAGGGUGGCCGGGCAGAGGCGCUCCUCACUUCCUCCCAGAUGGGGCAGCCGGGCAGAGGCGCUCCUCACCUCCCAGACGGGGCGACCGGGCAGAGGUGCUCCUCACCUCCCAGACGAUAGGUGGCCGGGCAGAGGCGCUCCUCACCUCCCAGACGGGGCGUCCGGGCAGAGGCGCUCCUCACUUCCCAGACGGGGUGGCCGGGCAGAGGCACUCCUCACUUCCCAGACGAUGGGUGGUCGGGCAGAGGCGCUCCUCACUUCCCAGACGGUGGGUGGUCGGGCAGAGGCGCUCCUCACUUCCCAGACGGUGGGUGGCCGGGCAGAGGCGCUCCUCACUUCCCAGACGGGGCGGCCGGGCAGAGGCGCUCCUCACUUCCCAGACGAUAGGUGGCCGGGCAGAGGCGCUCCUCACCUCCCAGACGAUGGGUGGCCGGGCAGAGGCGCUCCUCACCUCCCAGACGAUGGGUGGCCGGGCAGAGGCGCUCCUCACCUCCCAGACGGGGCGGCCGGGCAGAGGCGCUCCUCACUUCUUCCCAGACGGGGCGGCCGGGCAGAGGCGCUCCUCACUUCUUCCCAGACGGGGCGGCCGGGCAGAGGCGCUCCUGACUUCUUCCCGGACGGGGCGGCCGGGCACAGGCGCUCCUCACUUCUUCCCGGACGGGGCGGCCGGGCAGAGGCGCUCCUCACUUCCCAGACGGGGCGGCCGGGCAGAGGCGCUCCUCACUUCUUCCCAGACGGGGCGGCCGGGCAGAGGCGCUCCUCACUUCCUCCCAGACGGGGCGGCCGGGCAGAGGCGCUCCUCACUUCCCAGACGAUGGGUGGCUGGGCAGAGGCGCUCCUCACUUCCCAGAUGAUGGGUGGCUGGGCAGAGGCGCUCCUCACUUCCCAGACGAUGGGUGGCCGGGCAGAGACGCUCCCCACCUCCCAGACUGGGCGGCGGCCGGGCAGGGGCUGCAAUCCCAGCACCCUGGUAGGCCAAGGCAGGCGGCUGGGAGGCGGAGGCUGCCGCGAGGCCAGACCACGCCACCGCACUCCAGCCCGGGCAACACCGAGCACCGGGUGAGCGAGAGUCCGUCCGCAGUCCCAGCACCUCGGGAGGCCGAGGCGGGCAGAGCAGUCGGCGUCAGGAGCUGGCGACCAGCGUGGCCAACAUGGCGAACGCGUGCCUGCAGCCAAAGGAGGAAAAGCAGGCAGCCGUGUCGCGCGCCGGCAGUCCCAGGCAGUACGCGGCGCGGGCGGCAGCGAGCCGAGUAGAUUGCAGCCUGGGCCAUAGAGGGAAAGAAAAGGGAAGGCAGGGAGGCAGGCAGGCAGGCGGGCGGGCGGGCAGGCAGGCAGGCAGGCAGGCUUUUUGUUUUAUUUUUAAAGCUGCUUUUAGACAAGUCGAAGGAAGAAAAAGGAAGGAAGAAGGGGGUAAGGAGGAAAGAAUUUUGUAGACAAGAUGUAACAGAUGUCAACUUUUUUUUUUUUUUUUUUUUGUCUCCCAGGCUGGAGUGCAGUGGCAUGAUCUCAGCUCACUGCAACUUGCCCUCCUGGGUUCAAGCGAUUCUUGUGCCUCAGCCACCCGGGUAGCUGGGAUUACAGGUGUGUGCCCAGGUAAUUUUUGUAUUUUUAGUAGAGUUGGGGUUUCACCAUGUUGGCCAGGAUGGUCUCGAACUUCUGACGUCAAGUGAUCCGCCAGUCUCGGUAUCCCAAAGUGCUGGGAUUACAGGCGUGAACCACCACUCCCGGCCAGAUGUCAAUUUUUGUUUCCACGAUUUCAAGGAAGAGAAAGCCAGUGUGACCAGAGGUCAAAAGAUGAGAAUGUUGGCCUGGCACGGUGGCUCAUGCAUGUCAUCCCACUAUUUUGGGAGGCCGAGGCAGACAGAUCACCUGAGGUCAAGAGUUUGAGACCAGCCUGGCUAACAUGGUGAAACACCAUCUCUACUAAAAAUACAAAAAAUUUGCUGGGCGUGAUGGUGCACGCCUGUAAUCCCAGCUACUCAGGAGGCUGAGGCAGGAGAACUGCUUGAACCUGGGAUGCAGAGGUUGCAGUGAGCCUCCAGCCUAAGCAACAAGAGUGAAACUCCGUCUCAAAAAAAAAAAAAAAAAAAAGAUGAGACUGUUGAGUCAGCAUUAGGAUCCAGAUCUGCUGGCACCAAUUUUAGUGCUCUUUAUACUUUCUGUUGCUAUUCAUUCAUUCAUCCAUUCAUUCAGCAAAUUUAUAUCAAGUAUCUGGUAUGUGCCAGGUAUGAUUCCAAAUGACACCAUUCCCAGAUUAUUCUGAGAAUGCUGCAGUGCCAAACUCUUGGUAUCACAGACUUUGUAUUCUAGUGGGGGAGACAGACAAAAUAAUAAUAUAACGACGAAGGUGCAAUGUUAUGUGCCAUGAGAACACGCAGUCAGAGGAUGGCGAGGAAGGGGAACGGAAUUUUAGACAGGGCGGUCUGGGAUCAGAACCUCCAGAUGCCCGUCCAUGGACUCCAACGAAGGGAGCGAUUCCAGGUACCAGGGCACUCUGCACAAACCUCUCCUGAGCUUCCGCCUAGCCCAGGUGGGGACGGUAGGGAGACCGGAGAGCACACGCAUGCGCACGAAGGAAACGGUAAAGCCUGAAGGGAGGUGCAGAGCGCAUGCUCUCUCUUGCCUGAGACGCCGAGGAUUUUGACAAGGACUCUGUAGUCCGGGAUGAUAGUGCUCAGCUUAACGCCAGUGGGAGGGCGGUGCCCAAUAGUAACUUCCUUUGGAGGUUGCUGUCCCGCCCCCAUAGCCAAUUUUCUACUUCCGCUUCCGGCGCUGCGGCAGUCCAGAUCGAAAAUGGCGGCAGUUGGUGUGUUUUCGGUAUCUCGGCUGCUGGGUCGGUCCCGCCCACAGCUGGGGCGGCCUAUGUCGAGUGGCGCCCAUGGCGAAGAGGGCUCAGCUCGCAUGUGGAAGACCCUCACCUUCUUCGUCGCGCUCCCCGGGGUGGCAGUCAGCAUGCUGAAUGUGUACCUGAAGUCGCACCACGGAGAGCACGAGAGACCCGAGUUCAUCGCCUACCCCCAUCUCCGCAUCAGGACCAAGCCGUUUCCCUGGGGAGAUGGUAACCAUACUCUGUUCCAUAACCCUCAUGUGAAUCCACUUCCAACUGGCUACGAAGAUGAAUAAAGAGAGUCUGGACCACUACCCGGGCACCAGGGACCACAGCACUGGUUUGGACCAUUACUCUGCACAUGGACCAGAAAAAGUAUAUGGGACCUUAAGCUCACCUUCUUUACUUGUAUCAAAUGAUGACUGGUAUGCUGGUCUUCCAUCCCUUUGCUUGUGGCAAGAGAUGGCUUAAAUAAAUAACUUAAACUUA